AAAUUGACUCUAUCAAAGUCUUCACAUUCACAACAGAGACUGACUCACUCACACUUCGACCGGAUUAAAUAGGGCCUAUUUUGACUCCAUCUCCUUCUACCCAUAAUCACCAAUUUCCCAAAAAUGCUUACUUAAGCUGAAUCACUGCAAAAUAGCUUUUGGGGUUUUCACGUUCAAGCUCUCAUCAAUCAGAAUAAUAAAAGAAACAUGAAUCGAUUUGAUAAAGACGAAGUUCCGAUUCUGUUAGAAUCACGUGCACAACGAUCUGAUGAACCUGUGGAGUCUAAUUUACGAAGGAACAUAUCAAGGACACGAAGUGCUUCAAUCUCUAUUUCUAUGGCUGCGUCGGAUCCAUAUGAGAGACAACCAUAUCUUGUUGGACAUACUGGUCCGCUUCGUUCUGCAAGGAAAACUCCGGUCAGCCAAAUGAGUGGACCACUAUAUCCUACUCCUGCAACUGGUAAUCCUUUUCAGAAUAGUAUAGUAGUGGCGGGAAACAGAGUAGGAGAGAACAAAACAGAGAAGUUUGAUGACAAUGAUGAAAAUCAUUGGAAUAAUAAAUACGACAGAAAAAAUGAACAUUUAGUGAGGUCUGGACAACUCGGAAUGUGUAAUGAUCCUUAUUGUACUACUUGCCCUACUUACUUCAAAGUUGCUCAGAAAAGAAAACCACGAGCUUCCACUAUAUUUGAUCCUAAGUUCCACAAUAGUCUUUAUGGCGAUGCCAAAGGUUUUGGAAGAAAACUUUUUUCUUUCUGCUUUUCAUGCAUUCCUGGAGUUAUGAACCCUCACACUAAAGUUGUACAACAAUGGAACAAAUUUUUGGCCAUAUUUUGCUUGGUUGCAAUUUUUGUUGAUCCGUUAUUUUUCUUCUUAAUCUAUGUGAGCGAGGAAACUAAAUGUAUUAAGAUCAACUGGACAAUGGCAACAACACUCGUUGUACUUAGAAGCAUAACUGAUCUGGUGUAUUUAUUGAACAUUCUUCUCCAAUUUAGGUUGGCUUAUGUUUCUCCCGAGUCUAGGGUGGUUGGUGCUGGAGAUUUAAUUGACCAUCCGACGAAAAUCGCUCUUCAUUACUUUAAGGGUUAUUUUUUCUUCGACUUAUUUGUUGUAUCACCUCUUCCUCAGGUAAUGAUAUUGUUUAUCCUACCAGAUUCCUUGGGGUCAUCAGGAGCAAAUUAUUUUAAAAAUCUUCUACGUCUAGCGAUUCUUGUACAAUAUAUUCCCCGAUUGUUCAGAUUUCUGCCUCUGCUAAUUGGCCAGUCUCCAACCGGAUUCAUCUUUGAGUCUGCAUGGGCAAAUUUCAUUUUAAAUCUUCUCAUUUUUAUGCUAUCAGGCCAUGUUGUUGGGUCAUGCUGGUACCUCUUUGGUCUACAGAGGGUUAACCAAUGUUUGCGAGAUGCCUGCCAUCUUGCUAAGCUAUCUGGAUGCAUGGAUUUGAUUGAUUGUAAUUCUAAGGCGGAGAGUUUAUCAACUAAAUGGUCUAAUGAUACGGGUGCCAAAGCUUGUUUGAAUUCCUCAUCUGAUGCAUUUCCUUAUGGAAUUUAUGCCAGUGCUGUACCACUUACAAUAGAAACCAGGGUGAUCAACAAAUAUGUGUAUGCACUGUUUUGGGGAUUCCAGCAAAUCAGUACUCUGGCGGGUAAUCAAACCCCAAGCUAUUUUGUGUGGGAAGUCCUCUUUACAAUGUCCAUCAUUGGAUUGGGACUCUUGCUUUUUGCUCUUCUCAUUGGAAACAUCCAGAACUUUCUUCAAGCACUUGGACGGAGGAGGUUGGAAAUGCAACUUAGAGGCCGUGAUGUUGAGCAAUGGAUGAGUCAUCGCCGCUUGCCGGAAGAUCUCAAAAGGAGAGUUCGACAGGCUGAACGGUAUAGUUGGGCUGCAACAAGAGGUGUUCCUGAGAAAAUGGUUUUGGAGAAUUUGCCAGAAGAUCUCGUGACAGACAUACGGCGUCAUCUCUUCAAAUUUGUCAACAAAGUUCGUAUUUUUUCCCUGAUGGAUGAGGAUGAGCCUAUCUUGGAUGCCAUUCGUGAGCGACUAGUACAAACGACCUACAUCAAAGGAAGUAAAAUUUUAAGUCAGGGCGGUCUAGUGCAGAAGAUGGUGUUUAUUGUGCGUGGAAAAUUGGAGAGCAUUGGAGAAGAUGGAAUUCCGGUUCCGUUAACCGAAGGGGAUGCUUGCGGUGAAGAACUUUUAAGAUGGUAUCUUGAACAAUCUUCUGAAAGCAAAGAAGGUAAAAAAGUAAAGUUUCACGGACAAGGGUUGACUAGUGACAGAACGGUAAGAUGCUUGACUAAUGUUGAGGCAUUUUCACUCCGCUCUAAAGACAUUGAAGAAGUCACAACUCUUUUUGCAAGAUUCUUGCGGAGUCCUCGUGUUCAAGGAGUCAUAAGGUAUGAAUCGCCUUAUUGGAGAUCGCUUGCAGCAAACAGAAUUCAGGUGGCAUGGAGAUACAGGAAAAAGCGUCUAAGUCGAGCUAAUACCACACAUUGAUUAUCAAACAUAGAACUCAGAAGCUCGCUGUACUCUUUUGUUUGAUUCACUGCAUUAAUUUGAAUCCUUGGAAUAGAAUAGUGGUAUAUGUUGAUAGAAAGUUAUGAAGUAGGUGCCAUGUGAUGAAUUUGUUGUAUAUAUAAAUAAAUCCUUAAACUCAUCAUGAUAAAUAUAUCCAAGAAGAUUUUGAUUUAAGGAAUGAAAAAAUAAUCUGAAUUUUAAGAAUUACAAACAGCUGUUAUAGCCUUACAAAGUUACAUAGAGAUACAUAUGAGUACAUGACUUUGCUGGAUAAUUUGUUUUAUCAAAGUACACUUCCGAAAACUAGAAGUAUUGAGGGUGAGGGCAUGCUUGGUAAGAAAAAGGAUGCCCAAAACUCUGCAGUAACUUAUUUUUUUAAUUUUCAUUCUACUUUUUCAUUAUCUUUCAAGGAAGAAGAUUGCAGUUAAUAAGCAUGGAAGAUUAUAGUAUUUAGUAUUAGAAUAUGGAAAGGUUAUACUAUCUGGUAUUUAAAGUGGUCACAAGAUGUUGGCUACUACACUUCUGUCUCUAUUAGACUGUCAUUCUCAUGUCUCAAAUAAAUAAAUGAUAUUCACAUAUCUAUAGAAAUUCUUAA